AGCGAGGUGAGGCGGGGGGGCGCCGGGGGGCUUGUCUGCAGCCAGCGCGGGAAAAAGAGAACAGAAAUGGAAGGAAACGAGGAAAUCGUGCCGAUCUCGUAAUUUGCGUCGCUCUGUUUACUCACGGUUGUUGGUUUGUCGCCAUGGUUGGUGUUACAGGGGAACCCGGAGGCGCUGGGCUAUGCUUGUGUUAGGUUUUGUGUGGAUUUUUGUUGUUGUUUUGUUUUGUUUGUUUGUUUUUGUAACUCAAAACUAGCAGAAUCGCGGAAUGGUUGUGGUUGGAAGGGAUCUCUGGAGAUGAUCCAGUCCAACCCACCUGCUAAAGCAGGUUCACCAGAGCAGAUCACACAGGAAUGUGUCCAGAUUGAAAAGGCUAAACCUAUAAAAUGUGGAACUUUUGGUGCUACAUCUCUGCAGCAAAGAUACUUGGCUACAGGAGACUUUGGUGGAAACCUCAACAUAUGGAAUUUAGAAGCUCCUGAAAUACCCGUGUAUUCUGUGAAAGGUCAUAAGGAAAUCAUAAACAGUAUAGAUGGUGUAGGUGGCUUAGGAAUUGGGGAAGGUGCACCAGAAAUUGUGACUGGCAGUCGCGAUGGAACGGUGAAGGUGUGGGACCCCAGGCAGAAAGAUACUCCUGUUGCUAAUAUGGAACCUGUACAGGGGGAGAGCAAAAGAGACUGCUGGACAGUAGCAUUUGGCAACGCUUACAAUCAAGAGGAACGUGUUGUAUGUGCUGGAUACGACAAUGGGGACAUUAAAUUGUUUGAUUUAAAAACCAUGUCACUACGAUGGGAGACCAACAUUAAGAAUGGGGUUUGCAGUGUGGAGUUUGACAGAAAAGAUGUAAAUAUGAACAAGCUAGUGGCCACAUCGCUUGAGGGAAAAUUUCAUGUUUUCGAUAUGAGAACUCAGCAUCCAACCAAAGGUUUUGCUUCUGUUUCAGAGAAGGCACAAAAAUCUACCAUAUGGCAGGUUCGGCACCUACCACAAAACAGAGAUAUAUUUAUGACGAGUGGAGGAGCUGGAAGCCUUCAUCUCUGGAAAUAUGAAUACCCAGCUCAGCGCUCGAAGAAGGAUUCUGAAGGAGCUGAGAUGGGGGUGGCAGGUUCUGUCAGCCUCUUGCAGAACGUGACUCUCUCAACGCAGCCCAUUUCCAGCCUGGACUGGAGCCCUGACAAAAAGGGACUGUGUGUGUGUGGUGCCUUUGACCAAACGGUGAGGGUGCUGAUAGUUACCAAGCUCAACAAAGUUUGAGAGGAAAAGUAGAAUUUCUGAUGAGAAAGCAGCGUGUAGUUUGCAGUCUGUAAAUAUGGGAAGGAGAGAUCUCCUGGUUCAAAUUUAAUUUUGCCCUUAUUAAAGCUGGAUUAAAGAAAUAGAAACUAGAUCUUUCUAUUGGAAGUUCAGAUACGUGCAGUUGGAGUUGUUUGACUGUGUUGCAAUGACUUGAAGUUGUCUGGGCAUAAAACUUUUACCUUCUAGAAAUGUGAAUUUACAUUUGAAAUAACUUGUGCCUUUGUGUUAACAAAACAUUUAAUUUCAUAAGUCACUUUAAAUUGUUUGUGUUCAGUUUAAUCAUAGUACAAGUCGUUAAAUAGUUUGGCUUUUUUAUAUAUAGUAUUGUCCAUAUACAUUCAUGCAAUGGAAACUACUAUAUGCUCCCUCACAGAAACUUCUUGUGUUAUUGUAUAUAUUAAUUAGAAUGUUUGUUAAAGUGACUUAGGAUUCUUCUAUACACUCUAGAAACUGAGUGCUGAAAUAUUCAGGCUUAAUGGAAUAAGCCUUUUAUCGAAGAUCAUACUGAAAUUCAACUAUUGAGCAAAAUGCACUGUAUUAUUUUAGUUUGGUUUCAUAACAAGUUUUUAUGUUCUGUUGUUUUUAUAUCUGUUUGCAACUUGAUAUUCUAAAAAUAAAAUUAUAUGGAGCGUUGUCUUAGUA